AUGGACUCGACUCCGGUUCUCCACCAAGGCUGGGGCUACGGCCUCAUGAUCGGCCUUGGAUUUCUUUUCGCAGUGCUCAUGAUUGUCAUCACGUGGGCGUUGAAGAGAUACAAUUAUGAAUUACAGACUUCUGAGAUGUUCACAACUGCGGGUCGGUCACUCAAGUCUGGAUUGGUCGCGUCUUCCGUACUGUCAACCUGGACGUGGGCCGCAACCCUGCUGCAAAGCACUGCGGUCGCAUACAAGUAUGGUGUCUCUGGUCCGGUCUGGUAUGCCUCCGGAGCCACGGUUCAAAUCAUUCUAUUUGCGACACUCGCAAUCGAGCUGAAAAGACGAGCGCCAAACGCCCAUACGUUCCUAGAGGUUGUAAAAGCGAGAUAUGGUCCGGUUACGCACUGCGUCUACAUCGUUUUUUGCUGCUUCUGUAAUAUUCUUGUGACGGCGAUGCUGCUCACCGGAGGAUCAGCUGUGAUCCAGAAUCUUACGGGCGCUCCAGUAGCUGCUUCAGUCUUUCUCUUUCCCAUUGGCGUCGUGGUGUACACCCUUUUCGGCGGUAUCAAAGCGACUUUCAUCACGGACUACAUCAAUGGACUCGUCAUUCUCAUUAUUAUUUUCGUGUUCGCUUUCGCAGUGUACUCGACGAAUGACAUUUUGGGCUCGCCAGGACGCGUGUGGGAAAUCCUGACCGAUCUGGCUGCCGAGCGGCCCUUGUCUGGCAAUGCUGGCGGUAGUUAUCUGACUAUGAGAUCACAGGGUGGAGUCGAGUUCUUCAUCAUCAACCUGUGCGGAAACUUUGGCACUGUGUUCCUCGAUAACGGAUACUACAACAAGGCAAUUGCAGCAUCCCCGGUUGACGCACUGCCUGGAUACGUCAUGGGUGGAGUAAGUUGGUUCGCCGUUCCUUGGUUGACGGCGACAACCAUGGGUCUUGCUGGACUGGCCCUGGAAAGAUACGACAUCUGGCCCUCAUUCCCAAACCGGAUGCCCGCAGCCGAUGUCGACGCAGGUUUGGUUCUCCCAACUGUUGCCGUUGCUCUUCUUGGAAAGGGUGGCGCUGUUGCAACCCUCAUUCUCGCGUUCAUGGCCAUCAUGUCGACUUACAGCUCUGAGCUCAUCGCGAUCUCGUCAAUUUGCACUUACGAUAUUUACAAGACGUACAUCAACCCCGCAGCAACUGGCAAGCAACUCAUGCGCAUCAAUUACAUCGGUAUGGCCGCAUUUGCCCUUGUCAUGGCUGGUCUGGCGACCGGGUUCAACUACAUCGGGAUCUCCAUGGGCUAUCUGUACCUCAUGAUGGGUGUCAUCAUCUCCUCGGCCGUUCUCCCCGCAACUCUGACGCUUCUAUGGUCAGGACAGUCUUGGGCUGCCGCGACUUUCAGUCCGAUCAUCGGUUUCGUCUUGUCCAUGACGGCAUGGCUAGUCACGACAAAGAUCAAGUAUGGCGAGCUGAGCGUUGAGACGACUGGAGCCAACACUCCGAUGCUGGCUGGAAAUCUCACUUCGCUACUCUCCCCUGUUGUCUUCAUUCCACUUCUCACCUUCAUUCCCCCCUUCAAGCACCAGAAGUACGAUUGGCAAAGCAUGCUCAACAUCCGCAAGGGAGACGAUCACGAGAUUGUAGAUGCUGCAAAUGUUGACUUGGAGAACAUCACUGAGAGGCCCCAUGCAGUCGACAGCGAUAUGGAUGAGAGGGAGAAGCUUGACCGUGCCGCCAAGAUUGCUCGCUGGCUCACUGUUGGUGUGACCCUUGUUCUACUAAUACUCUGGCCGAUGCCGCUGUAUGGCAGUGGCUAUGUAUUUAGCAAGCAGUUCUUUACCGGAUGGGUUGUGGUCGGCAUCACCUGGCUUUUUGCUUCGGUCAUCAUGGUUGUAUUUUUGCCCAUCUUCGAAUCUCGGAGUACAGUCAUUCGUACUACACGAAUGAUGUUCAAGGAUCUACUCGGUAUGCGUGGCGGGAAGGCCAUUAGCGAAGGUCAUUCUCCUGGAUUGAGAACGCCGCCGAAGCCUACAAAUACGGCAAAGAUGGAGCUCAAAUCGUGA